AUGACCACUGGAUACCUCCCUAUAGGAUCAUGUAGCAGGAGGGUACCCCAGGCUGGUGCAGCUGUUCCAAGAACAGGAAAUGUCCCAGGAGCAGACUUGGAAGCACUGCCUUCCAAAGACACGGCCCGUAGGGGUGGGGGACAAACAAACACAGGAAGAAGCAAGACUCAAGCGCAGAGUGCAGACCCUGCAGAGGAGAGGCAUCGGAGUUUAUCUGCAGGAGUCACUCCCGGCACACGAUCCCAGGAAAUGGCUCCAAAAGCGGGGAAUGCAUGUUCUGUCCUGGUGCACCGAUUGGCUUCCUGGCCUACCCCUGAGCUAUUUAUAACUCUCCAGGCCCGUCUGCUGAACUGGGUUACCACAUGA